AUGGCCGUUGGGGACAUUCGCUCAGUCCAGGUCUACCGGAAACACGUUCAAGAGCUUCUAGAGAAAGCAACGGAGGUGAAGCAAAGCUCCGCAAUCGAGCCUCCAGUCACAGAGUCUGACUUGGGGGACGCGAUCCGUUGGAUUGACGACGACGGAGAAGAUGCAUCCAAGAGCGCCCAGGCGGCGUACGCAGCGGUAGAGACUGCCUUUCGGGAAAAAUUCUAUCGUCUGUUGGCUACAACGUCCAUAAAUGAACCCAACUUUGUCGACAUAUGGAAUCUCCUUGACAUAGUGUCGAUAUUCUCCGACAACGAACGAUGCGAACCCGGGCUUAUCUUCUGGCUCGUGGAGGAGCUUCUUGAUAGCCAAACCAUCGAUGGCUGCCGCAAGGUGUUUGAUUACCUAGAAUCCAGGCGCGAGCGUAAUACAGCUUCAUUCCCUUUGGGGGACAAGAGUUCAGUGAAUUUAAGAGGAGAAUACCAUACAGAGAAUAUCACAACCUUCGAUGAACUUCCAACAUCGGCAUCAGCGGAGGAAGAUGCUGCAGACGUGGAAAUGAGGGAUGCAGAACCGCCAAAGGCUCUAGAAGACUCCACAAAAUUAGAGACAGCCACGAAUUUACAAACUUCUGCUGAGCCUGACGGACAACGCCGCAAGCCAUCCACAGCAACCCCAAGCCAAACAGAAGAUGCAUCAAUUGAUAUGGAUGCUCUUUACCCGAUAUUUUGGGGGCUGCAAGCGAGUUUUUCGUCACCCACGCGACUUUUUGAUCCAGAACAUUUCGCCUCCUUCAAAAAGGGUCUCGAAUCUACCAUUUCAAACUUUCAGAAGGUCAGCAUUGAUUUAGAGAAACGUGGAAUGACAAAGGGAUCGGAGGAAACUUCGCGACGUGGGAUAAAACGGAAACGUACCGAAAACGGAUCCGAGGCUGCAAAUACGUUCAACCCAAAAUAUCUAACCAGUCGGGAUUUGUUCGAACUAGAGGCCAAUGACGUUGCAUUCCGAAGGCAUAUUCUUGUCCAGUCCCUGAUCAUUCUUGACUUCCUGAUUUCGCUCACACCGAGAGCGAAAGCAAAGCUCGCAGACGCUACAAACAAAUCUGUUUUAUACAGCUAUGUUCUUAGUGAUGAGGAUGCAAAAUGGGCAACUCAAAUGAAGUCAUCGAUUGCAGGCUACUUGCAACAGGGGUUAGACGGGAAGUUCUAUUAUCGCAUGGUUGAUACUGUCUUGACGAGGGAUAAAAACUGGGUCCGUUGGAAGGCAGAGGCAUGCCCGGCUAUUGAGAAGGCUCCAAUUCAAGUUCAGGAAUACCUGGAUACGCAAUCUGGUGUUAUGAAAUUAACGACAAACAAACGGCUGCGAGCGACACCACUAGGAUCACUAGAUCUUAAAUUUUUGUCAGAGGAUGCCAACCUAGGCAAUCUAGAUCGGCUUAGAGAGGCAGACAGAUUCUCAAACCCAUCACCCGAUUCGUACAUGCGGGGUAUCGCCGAUGAUGAAUUCAAUAUCGAGAUGGCCCAAAAUGAUGACGAGAAGGAAGAAGCUGCCAGAGGAAAGGCAAGCAAGGCGUGGAGAGUCUUGCGGCUAUCCUCCCGCAGUAAGUUAAACAAGUUCGAUAAAAUCGACGAUGGGAAAAACCUCAAAAUCCUCUUUGAAAGCCCACCUCCUGAGAAGCCAGGUUCGGAAGUGGAAGGAGGUGAAGGUCAAGAAAUUGGGUCGGUGAAAAAUGAGUCAACGAAAGAGAACGAUACCGUUGAAGGGGACUCGCUCGCAAGGCACGCCGCAAAUUUGACGCAUCCAGGCACGAAAAAUCAUCAAAAGCUCGUUCCAGCUUCAUCGCCGUCCCUAGCAGCGCACCAGAGAUGUCGAUGUUUUAAGUCUAUUUUAAGCGCUGCCAAAGAUGAGCGGUCUAAGCAGGGCCUUUCCCUCGUGUCUCGGAGCUCUAGUAGACUGCAGUUAGGCUAUGUCAUCUCGGCGUCUUGUGCCCCUGAGAUGAUCGGAAAUUAUGUAUUCUCCAGUUUCAUCUCCGAGAACUUCACUCGACACCUUAGCCACAGUUGGGCGAGAGAGGAAUUGUGGGCAGAUUCGUUGCAUAUUACUCCAAUUGGCCAGAUAUCGCUCUUUGACUGCUUUGGCCCCAUGGAUGACAGGUGUCGUCGUAGUGGCGAGGAUGUGUUUGGCGACGACAUCGUCCCCCUGUCGACGGACCCCGCGAUUUGGUCUUUGAGCCUUUCGGGUAUUAACUCCGUGCACGUCGACUCUGGUUCUUGA